CAGGCCCAGUCCGGCAACCUCCCGCCCGUGCGCUCCUCGCACCCUCCGCGCUGAGGCGCCCGCCAGUGCUCCGCGCGCAGCUAUGGCUCAGCACUUCUCCCUGGCCGCCUGCGACGUGGUCGGCUUCGACCUGGACCACACUCUCUGUCGCUACAACCUGCCCGAGAGCGCCGCGCUCAUCUAUAACAGCUUUGCAGAGUUCCUAGUCAAGGAGAGAGGCUAUCAUAAGGAAUUGCUCACCGUGACCCCUGAGGACUGGGAUUUCUGUUGCAAGGGCUUGGCAUUGGAUCUGGAAGAUGGAACCUUCAUUAAACUUGCAGAUGAUGGUACUGUGCUCAGGGCAAGCCACGGCACCAAGAUGAUGACUCCAGAGGCACUGGCAGAAGCGUAUGGCAAGAAGGAGUGGAAGCACUUCGUGUCGGACAACGGCAUGCCUUCCCGCUCAGGAAAGUAUUAUUUUUAUGAUAACUAUUUUGACCUGCCAGGAGCCCUUCUUUGUGCCAGAGUGGUGGACUCUUUAACAAAGCACAACAGUGGUCAAAAAACAUUUGAUUUCUGGAAGGAUAUAGUUGCUGGUAUACAACACAAUUUUAAAAUGUCAGCCUUUAAGGAAAACUGUGGACUCUAUUUUCCAGAAAUAAAAAGAGAUCCAGGUAGAUAUUUACAUAGUUGUCCCGAAUCCGUAAGAAAGUGGCUUCGACAGCUGAAGAAUGCUGGGAAAAUUCUUGUGUUAAUUACCAGUUCUCACAGUGAUUAUUGUAGACUUAUCUGCGAAUAUAUCCUUGGGAAUGAUUUUGCAGAUCUUUUUGACAUUGUGAUUACAAAUGCAUUGAAGCCUGGUUUCUUCUCCCAUUUACCAAGUCAGAGGCCUUUCUGGACACUCAAGAAUGAUGAGGAGCAGGAGGUGCUGCCAUCUCUGGAUAAGCCUGGGUGGUACUCCCAAGGGAAUGCUGUCCAGCUUUAUGAACUUCUGAAGAAAAUGACUGGCAAACCUGAGCCCAAGGUGGUUUACUUUGGUGACAGCAUGCAUUCAGAUGUUUUCCCAGCCCGUCACUAUAGUAAUUGGGAGACAGUCCUCAUCCUGGAGGAGCUCAGUGGACAACAAGGUGGGAAUCCGGAGGAGUCAGAGCCUCUAGAGAAGAAGGGAAAAUUCGAGGAACCAAAGGCAAAACCUCUAAAUACUUUAUCCAAAAAAUGGGGCUCUUUUUUUAUUGAUUCCAUUUCGGGACUGGAAAAUACAGGAGACUCUUUGGUUUAUACAUGGUCUUCUAAGAGAAUCAACACCUACAGCACUAUUGCAAUUCCUAGUAUCGAAGCAAUUGCAGAAUUACCCCUGGACUACAAAUUUACAAGAUUUUCUUCAAGCAAUUCUAAAACAGCUGGCUACUACCCAUUGGUUCAUUAGACCAUUGGCAGAUCAUUAUAAAAUUAUGAGACACUGAUAGCCAAAUAGGUUAUUGUUACUGAAAAAUAAAGACCCAUAUACGCAGCAAGUGCACUCUAAAAAAAAAUGUUAAUUUUCAAAAAACAUUGUAAAUGCUUUAUAACAAACUUUUAUGAGAACUGACCAAAAAAUUGAUAUUUGUUUAUUGGUCUUUUUUAUAUAAAUCAUUUUGAUGUUUAACAACGGUCACUGUGUUAAAGCCUCAGCAGCCUAUAACUAAAGAGGACUUUAGUGAUAUUUUUUAUCCCAAUAAUUUUGCAAUCAGAAUUCCCCUGGAGAGAUACACACAUUUACAUACACAUCUAUUCCAGUGGUUUUUGGGAGUGGGAUCCAAUGACCAACAGCAAAACAUAGCAUGGAAUAGCAUAGGAGACCUGAGAACUUGAUAAUGAAUAUUUGUCGGCCCCAUCCCAAACCUACUGAAUUAGAAACUCUGGGAUUGGGGCCCAGCAAUCUGUGUUUUAAGAAGCCCUCCAGGUUAUUCUGUUUUAGUCUACAGUUUGGGAACCACUGGUUACAGCAUAUCUUUCAGAGAGUUGUUUCAUUGGUCUUGGUAGAUAAUAGCUGAACAUUGAAAUAUAACUUUUGAAUGUCCCAGGAAAGAGCAGCCAGAGUUAAGAACACCUGAUCUAUACUGGUUUCUUCAACUUCUAUCCAAGAACUUUUGAGACCAGCUAUUAGGUUUUAUGCUAUUCCUGUGUUUUCCAAACCUAGGAAAUAAAAGAGACAUGAUUUUUUUUGAGAUGAUAUAGUCAGUAUGGAACAGACAUGGUACUGAAGCCAUUAUCUCAGCCUCCAUUGUUAUCCAUUAGGUUAGUGUCCCCCAUAAUGUUAAAGGCUACUUAAUUCAUUUUUAAGAACUUGAAGGUAUGUAUUCUCAAUGAGAACAAAAAUUGGUUGUUGGUGUGAAAACAAUCCUAAGUAAUACAUUGCAUUGUGGCCUUUUGAAGCUCAACCCGACCCAACAAAAUCUUAUUAUUUAUUGUUAAUUUCUAUCAUUUGGGGGGAACUAUAAUGUAUAAAGUCACCAAUUGAAUUUUUCUCCUGAGGGUGAUAAUAAAAUGGUUGAGAAAAACUGCUGUAAGGGAUUUUACAGGUAUAUCAUAAUCUAGGAUUGUUGUGUUCUGUCUGCUCUGUAUAGUCAUUUGUAGCUGCUUGGAGCCAGAUAAUGUUUGUAAGUUCCUGAUUAUUUUUUAUGCUGUAAUUUCACUCUGUGCAUCAUGUACAGUAUCAGGAAACUGACUACCAGUUUACUUGGAUUGUGCCAGGGAAUUAGCAUAUUGAAACAUGCAAUGAAAGGAUAUUUUGUUAAAAUCUAUAAAUGUUCAUUUAAGUCCCAAACGUACAGUGGGGAUGAGUUUCUCAGGGGAGGUAAAAAAUUGAAGUUUUUUCCUCAAAGUCGCUUUGUUUUGUAUCUAUCUAUAGGUGAUAUAUUUGGAAUUGAUAUACUGAAUGUCAUUGUAAUAUUGACAUACAUCAAGCAUUGAGCUAAGUGAACAAUUUUAUUCUCAUGUAUGCUUUAAAUAAAUUCUUGAUUUUGUUUCAAAAUAAA